AUGUCGGCAGAUAGACAUAUUCUUUACAAAAUUCAAAAUAAAAUCCUUAAGGAAAUCAUUGAGAUUUCUGGAAAACUAAAGACGGAGAAGUUCAGAAAGGCUACAUUGGAAAGUACGUCCAAGUCGCUAGAGAAUAAAAUGGAGGAAGCAAAGCUAAAUAAUUAUAAAUUAGAGCAACUUGGGCCGAAUAGCGAUGUCUACUUCAAGGACAACAUCUGGGAGAGAAUUGAGAGUUCCUAUGAAAAAUGCAAGGAACACAUGCAACAAAUUAGAGAGGAGCCCGAAAAUGAGGAAACCGGAAGCGAAAAAGUGGAGCUUGCGCUACUGACAAAUCCUACAACGACAACUGAGCACGAAAAGGGUGCAAGGAAAAAAGAGAACCAAGGAGCAGUAAUGGAACAAUUUCGGGCAUUACAGGAAAACAUGCUACUUCAAUUUCAAACACAGCAGGAGCAACUGAAGAGACAGCAGGAGAUAUUUCAAAAGAAAAUGGAGCAGAUGCUACAAGAGCAAUUAUAUGAGAAGAAGAGAGAAGUCACCCAGCAAGUAGAAGAGCGAGCAGCGUUGAAGGAAUUGACCAUAGCCACCCCACAUACCAAUAGUGAGAGAAAAAAUGCAGUGCUGUCUCAAUUCCGCAGAAGGAUCAUGAAGUUUUCCGAUGCCAUGGAAGCAGAUAUUUCUGGGGUCUCCAUAUAUGCUCUAGAAAAUAUGAAGUCUAUGUGGGAAAAACAAUUCGACGACAUCAAGCGGCUUCAUUUGGAAUUAACCACAGAACAUGGAAUGGAAGAAGUGGAUGAAGAACUGGAAGACAUAGAAGAAAAAAUGAACACAAAAAUACAAAAUAUAAUUGUAAAGAUGAGUGGCUUGAAAGAAGAAUCACAGACUGUGGAAUUAAAAAGGAUAGAGAUUCCAUGCUUCAAUGGAAAUGUGGAGGAUUGGAAUUCCUUUCAUGACCUGUUUAAGAAAAUGGUAGAUGGAAACUCUCAAUUAUCCGAAGUUCAAAAACUGUACUACCUAAAAACGAAUUUAAGAGGAGAUGCCUUCCGUUUAAUUCAGCAUCUGCAAGUCACAGACGCAAAUUAUAAAGCAGCAUGGGAAUUGCUGGAGAAGAGAUAUAAUAAUAAAAGAAUUUUGUUCACGAAACUAGUGGACAAGAUUCUGGAUCACCCAAGUAUAAACAGCCAAGUGGCGGUGGGUCUAAGAAAAUUGCUAGACAGCGUGAAUGAGAGUAUUCAUGCUUUAAAAGCAAUGGAUAUUCCUUUAGACCAUGCGGAUCCAAUUUUAGCCCGAAUUAUCAUACGUAAACUCGAUAAGGAGGGGCUUAUUCAGUAUGAGCAAAAUGUAAAAAAAUCUAAAGAGAUUCAAAGACUGGCAGAUGUGUUGGACUUUCUGGAACAGCAGUAUCAAGCACUGGAGGCUUCAACAAGCAGAAAACAAUUCGUACCAGGACUAUUUAAGCCGCAGGAUAGAUCUGGAAUGGCGGAAAAGAAGCAAUGCCGAUUCUGCAAGUUUAAUGGGCAUGAUAUUGUUGCUUGUAGGAAAUUUGCGGCACAGUCAUCGAACGAGAGAUAUAGUUGGGUAAAGACAGCGCAGUUAUGCCUCAAAUGUCUCAAACACGGGAAAGAUAAGCGGUGUUUGAGUGAUAGCAAAUGUCAGAAGUGCGGAUUGAGUCAUAACACACUAAUCCAUUUGGAGAGAAUCAGCAACACGAAGGCAAUGACAACAAACUCAGCAACAAAUGUUCUUCUGGCUACCGCCCAAGUUCGUGUAAAGUCUUUACAUGGAGAAUACGUAACAUUAAGGGCUUUAAUUGACCAAGGAUCCCAAAUAACAUCGGUAUCGGAAGACGCAGCGCAGCUACUACAACUACCAAAGACGAAGACGGAGGUGAAACUACGAGGUCUCGGAGAAACCAUGGUGGGAAUGGCAAAAUCUAAAGUACUAAUGGAAAUAAGACCUAGAUUUGUCAGCAACACUAAAAUCAAAGUGGAAGCACUAGUCCUGCCGAAACUAGCAUCAGCUCAUCCAGAUAAUAGCUUCCAAUACAAUAUUGGAAGAUGGAAGAACAUUAAUCUGGCCGAUCCAAACUUCAACAAAUCUGAAAGAAUCGAUAUGGUAAUUGGGGCCGACCUUUUCCCACAAAUAUUGGAGGGAGGAGUUCGUCAUGAUGAAGCGAUUGUGGCACAAAACACGAAGUUUGGCUGGAUCCUGUCUGGAAAAAUACUAAUGAGGCCUGGAAAAGGUAGCGGAAGGUAUGUUGCUACCACAACUAUUGAGCGAUUUUGGGAAAUUGAGGAGAUAGAAGACGAAGAAACGAUCAUGGAAGAUGAUUAUUGCUUAAAACUCUAUGAAGAAACAACACGAGUAGACCAAUCAGGAAGAUUCGUCGUCAGGUUACCGUUUGCUGAAGACAAGGUAUUGGGAGAAUCACAUAAAAGAGCAAUGGCAAGAUUUUUAAAUAUGGAGAAAAGACUGGAAGAAUGUACGGAGUUGAGAGAAGAAUAUGUAAGGACGAUAGAUGAGCUAAUAUCAAUGGGGCACAUGGUGAAGGUAGAGACGAAAAAACUAGCGAAGUAUUAUAUGCCCCAUCAAGCGGUUGUCCGAGAAACCAGUCUUACCACUAAAGUAAGGGUUGUGUUCGAUGCGUCAUCAAAAACAUCGAAUGGAAAGUCGCUGAACGAUAUCCUUCAUACAGGUCCCAAACUACAAAAGGACAUAUUCGACAUCAUUACUAAGUGGAGAUCGUGGAGAUUCGUCAUAUCAGCCGAUGUGGAAAAAAUGUUCCGACAAAUUAAAGUAGAAGAGGAAGACCAGGAAUAUCAGUAUGUACUCUGGAGAAAUAGUAGGUCCGAGCCGGUGCAACAAUAUAAGCUCACUACGGUCACAUAUGGCACGGCGUCAGCACCGUUUCUGGCCAUAAGGACGCUUAUAGAAAUUGGUAAGAGAUGUACAAAUCAGGGCAUUGGCAAUAGAAUAAAGGACGAUUUCUAUAUGGACGAUUUGCUAACAGGAGCAAAUUCAAAGGAAGAGUGCCGGGAUGUUCAAAAACUAAUAUCGAAAGAGCUAGAAACUUACGGUUUACAUUUAAGAAAAUGGAUCGCAAAUGCCCCUGAAGUUUUGUGUGCCGUAAGCAGAAGAGAAGAAAAUGAAGUACUACAGAUACGAGAAGAUGAGUGUCUGAAAACAUUAGGGUUACAGUGGAACCCAACCAUGGAUUGCUUCACAUUCAACAUGCAAAUAGGCGGUGAAGAUAGAGUAACUAAGAGAUUGGCGUUGUCGAGUCUGGCAAAGAUUUUUGAUCCAUUGGGUUGGCUGACCCCAGUAACGGUAACUGCCAAGCUAUUCAUUCAAUAUUUAUGGAGGCAACAAAUAGAAUGGGACGUACCAUUGGAGGAAAAAUUGAGCGCUGAUUGGAAGAGAUUUGCGCAAAGUCUUCACUCGCUGAAAAGUUUGCAGAUACCAAGAUGGUUUCAAAUAACACCAUCUAGUGGAGCAGAGCUGCAUGGAUUUGCUGACGCGUCCGAAAAGGCAUACGCAGCAGUAGUGUAUCUGAAGGUUGAGUCUAAGAUAAUAAUAGUGGCCGCAAAAAGCAAGGUUCAACUCUUCGACUUUGAUGUUAUGCCGUCUUUUAUGUCUCAUUUUACACCACCAUAA